CAUGGAUGGUCACUACUCUUCACUUCACUACACAAAAAACCCCGUCUUCUGCUAGGCUCUAGGCCAAUCAAUAAUCCAUUGAGAGAUUGAGAUUGAGAUAAAUAAUAGUGCUCUAGGCGCUGUUGUUUACUUACUACUGUUGUGGUUGUGUACUAACUAACUACUGUACUGACUGUGUUGUUGACUGUUGAGUCCAGUGUAUAGUUAUUUUUAUUUACAUUUUUCAUUCUCCUUAUUAAAUCACAUUAGAGGAUAAGUUAAGUUAACUUAGUUAUUUGGGCCAUGGUUGUGCUUUGUGUUGUGCUGUGAUGUGCUCCUUGGUCUAAACUUCUAACUUAUUAUAGUAGGCCUACGCUACUGCAGUCUCAGACGUUUGAGUUCUAACAGAAAGAAGGGUAAAUAAGGUAAAGGGUCAUAAUCAUUCUCUUCAAGCAGUAGGUUUAAAUCAACACGAUAUUCUACCAUUGUCCAAGUUUGUUAUUCACAUUAUAUAGCCUAAUUUGUGAGGUUAACUUAUAAUGUUUUAACUUACCGAGGCUAAAUUUCUUGCCAGACUAGGCCUGGUUAGUUAAAUAAAAUUGUCAUCAAUCGAAAAUAUUUUAAGCCCUUGCUGAGUACCGGUACCUACGACAACUAUAGUCCCAUCAUGUGGCUUCUACGAAAUGAUAACAAAGGUUUGGUUUAUAGAAUUCAGCCUGGAAAGCAAAAUAUUAUCAGCAGAAAAGAUGGAGACCUGUUACUUCUUGGAGAUCAAUCAAUCAGCCGCAAACAUGCACAAGUUAUCGUGCUUCAAGAAAACAAAUGUGCUGGAAUACUUUUGAAAGACUUGGGAUCCAAAUAUGGGACUUUUAAAGCUUGUGGGGGAGGAGAGAUGACCCAAAUUUCUCCAAAUGAACCCAUCACCUUAAACAAUGGAGACUUGAUUCGAUUUGGCAUCCAAUGGAAUGUCUGGAGUGUCGAGUAUUUUCCGCUGAUCGUAGCAACAUCAACCCUAAACGCAGAUGAGAAGGCUGAAGUGCAGAAUUUUGUGGAAUCAUUGAGUGGUGAAGUGGCUAAAGAUUGGCAGGACAGCUGCACCCAUCUCACCAUGAACAAGUUAACCAUGACUGUAAAGGUUGUUUGUGCUUUGGCUUGUGGAAAGCCUAUUGUCAUUCCGGCGUACUGGAAAGCCCUCAAUGAUGCUUUGGCAGCUGCUGAUGCAAGUCUGCCAGACUACAAGGACUUUGUGCCUCCACUGGUGGAAACAUUGUUGAAUCCUUCAGAAGUGUCCUUCACCCCCAACCCUGAGCGAGCUAAGCUGUUCAAAGGGUAUACUUUUGUUGCAACUUCAGCUAGACAACUAAACCGGAUAAAACCCAUGAUAACCGCAGCUGGUGGUAAUGUGGUCGAGUUCUCAGCUGAGUCUUGGCCUCAAAGAAAGCUGAUGCAGGCCAGAACUGUUCUGAUGCAACUCACCACAGGCAGGCAAGGCUCUCAGCAAUCUCAAGUUGCUGAUGGAUAUAUGAAUGCUGCUCGUCAGCUGAAGGCAGAGGGAGUCAGGUGUAUACCGGAAUCGGAGAUCGGUCUCAGCAUCCUGUAUUGUAGUCUGGAUCAUCACUGUAACCCUAGGCACAACCCUCAGUCACUGUUUGGCGACUCAUCUCAGAACACUCAGCAGAUCACCACUAUCUGCGCUAACUCUGAGGAGUCGACCAGCUCCAAAGCAUCUGUAGAUAUGACUGCUCCAUCAAGUAGUAAAAAAAGAGUAUUGGAAAAUUCAAGUGAUGAUGACAAUCCAAGAAAAAAAGCAAAUUCAGAAGACCUCUUCAGUUCUCAAGGAGAUGAACACAGGACAGGCCAAAAUCCCAAUGUACCAUCUACUUCUUCUAACAAGCAAGAACCAAAAGACCGACCAAUUGUUAAUCCUUCAUUAGAUAUGUUUGCUCCUUCCGGUCAGAGUGAUGUGAAUAAAAACACUUUAACUAAAUCAAAAUCCAACCUGUCUCAAAAUAUUCCAAAGGCAAAUCAGAUAGUUAACCCAUCCUUGGAUAUGUUUGCUCCGUCUGGACAGUCAUCAGUAAAGACAUUCCCAAUCCAAAUACCUCCUUCUAACCAUGAUAUUUUUGCCCCUAGUGGAAGCCGACAAUCAUCAAAAAAGAGAAACGCCAGCAAUGAGUCAACUUCUACCCCGAACAAACAACCAAGGAAGAAUGAUGAUGAAGAAAAUGAUGACUUUUCGUUUUCAAACAAGACUAGUAAAACUCAGAAAACAUCCACAGUAAAGGAUGAUGCAUUUUCUUUUGCCUCAUCUAAAAGAUCUCAUCAAAAUGUGAUGGAUGAAGAUGAGGAUGAUGCGUUUUCAUUUGUUUCAUCCAAAAAGGGUAAUCAGUCGAAAUCGGAGAAUAAAGAUGAAUUUUCAUUCAUAUCGAGCAAAAGCUCAAAAAAACGUAACCGGUCGAGUAACGCAGAUAUGUUUGAUACGAGCAAUAUCAAUGAGAGCAAUAAUAGGCCUAGUUGCUCUGGUAUGACUAAUCGUAACUUAGCAUCUUAUGAGAAUAAUGAAGAUGAUUUGUUUGCUUUUACUGAGGGCCAAACGUUAAAGAAAAGAAAGGAAGAUGAGAGUGUUGUCAAUAUAGAUGAACCUGAACUGGAAGUGAAACUCGGGUUAUUUAGCAAAAAAGAGAAUUCCACAGAUGUACAGGACGCUAGUGAACCAAUUGUUUUUGAUCCUCCAGAUGAAAAGACGGCUGUAGUGUAUAGUAAAGACAAAUCCCAUAAUGUAAAACAGGAGGUAUGCAACGAUGAUGAAAUUGAUGAGCUAUCGAAGGAACUCUACAACACAACCAUUGUAGUUGUCAAGCCGUUGGUGGUGGCGAAACAGGAACCCGUAGUGGCCAAUGCAAUCAGCAGCGGCAAGAACUUUAAAAAGUUCCGCAAGGUUACAGGACUAAACAAGAGGGCUAUUCCACACAUUAUAGGCGGCAGUGAUUUGGUGCCACACUACGCCAACUGUGAGAACAUCGACGACGUACUUCCUCCCUCCCCACCACCUGUGGAGCCUGAUGAUGACUGGGGCUUUGCGAUGGACAAGAAAAAAGGUAGAAAGCGAUAAAAAUGAGCUGCAACAACUUAUAUUACUACCUAUUGUUUUACAACCAUCACUAUUUUGUUAUAUUUUAUAUUUUUAUACUCAGGAACGUCAAGUGUGAUACAUGUAGUUACGUUUUAUACAAUAUAGUUUUUUGG